AUGGGGUCGAGUACGCCGUGUUGCAUCCGGGGUAUAACCUCGGGUCGUGACACUGGUGGUGCUACUGGUGGAAGUGGUGGUGCAACUACUUUAGCAGCUUCUACAGGUGUAACUGCUGGUGGAAGUAGUGGUGCAGCUACUAAAAGACCAGUCACUACUCUAGCAACUUCUAGAGGUGCAACUACUGCCACAACAUGUUAUGAUGGAAGUGGUGGUGCAGCUACUAAAAGACCAAGCACUACUUCAGCAAAUUCUGGAGGUGCAACUACUGCUGCAACAACUACUGGUGGAAGUGCUGCAAAUAUUUCUGUAAAUUUUGCAAGUGUUGCUCAACCAACAAGUCAAUUUAGUACUCAACAGUCAACUACUAGUGCUAGUGGCUCAAAGAGGAGUAGCAACGUUAAAAGAGGUGGUGCAAAUCUCGAAUAUAAAAGGCCAAGAACAGAGAAGCCAAGAACAGCUGGUUUUGGUGUGCUAUUUGGACCAAAUAGUGUGAUAGAGAGGUCUGGAACUACUGAUAGAGUGUUACAUUGUGCUACAUUGAAGAGUUCAGUGUCUACCAAUAUCGAUCUUGGUUACAAACCCAAUGGACUAAGGUGGAAGGGUGGAUCUGCAGUUAUUCAAAGGCUACAAGAACAAAGUUACAAACGAGCCACUCAGUUCACACCAAGCACUCAAGACACAUAA